AUGGAUUAUCUAGGGACGCUUGGUAGGUCGUUUCGAUGGAGAAAAUGUUUCUCUCCGACACUGAUAAAAGCGAUGAAUAUGAGACUGCGAUCGAGUCUGGUGGAAGCGUUCGAGAAUGCCGCAUCAUCAUCAAUAUCAAUACUAUCUUCGAAUUCUUCUCUACAGUCAGUGCCUCGUGCCGAGCACGUUCAUCCCGGUGGCUUGUUCGGAUUCAGUGAACUCAAGUCUAAAGAUGGAUUUUUGUUGCUAACGGAGAGUGCAUUGCAAGAGGCUCAAACUCUGCAGCAACAAGUCAUCGACCAUUUGGGCUGUCCGAAGGCAAUUGAGCUGUGCGACCAACUGUCAGAUACCGUCUGUAAAGUCGCUGAUGCUGCAGAAUUUGUGCGUAUUGUUCAUCCCGACGGUGAAUACCGUGAAGCAGCUAGAAGGUCGUGCCUCAAACUAGGAGGCUUUGUGGAGUCUCUUAAUACGAAUGUGCAACUGUAUGAUUCUCUUAAGAAGCUGGAGUUGUUUCAGUCGCAAUUUGAUUCAUUAGAUGAAGAGGACAAGCAAGUUCACAAGUUACUGCUGCAUGAUUUUGAGCAAAGUGGAGUCCAUUUGAAUCAUGCAGGCAGAGACCAUGCAUUAAGUCUACUGGAAGAAGAACUCGCAUUAGGUGUGGCAUUUACUGAAGGUUGCCAUUCUGCUCCUUUGAAUAUUUCUGAUGCAAUACGAGAUUAUGGUGUGCAGGCAGUCGUGUGGGCCAAAGAUCAUCAUUAUGAUUCAAGUAUACGAGAGAAUGCGUAUCGAGUGUAUUAUGAUGCCAUUCCAGAGCAGGUUGACUUGAUGGACAGAUUGAUUUCAGUUAGACGUGAACUGGCUACUCUUUGUGGAUUUCAAAGUUUUUCACACCGAUCACUUUAUAUCUCUAUGAUCGGUUCUCCUGAGAGAGCAGUAGCCUUUCUCAUUCUUGCUGCGCAACAAUUGAAGCCAUUGGCUGAGAAGGAAAUGGCUCUUUUUGCUCAAUAUAAGAUUAAUCAUGACAGUUCGAGUGGCAGUGCUGGUGAUUUGGAUCCGUGGGACAUUGGAUAUUAUAUGCACUGCUUAGGAUUAGAAAUGAGGGACUUGGACAAGCAAUAUCGAUUUUCAUUAGGUCAUUGCAUGAACGGUCUGAAUGUAAUAUUUUCAUCUGUAUUUGGUUUGUCACUACAAGUCAGUAAUGAAGAACUCUGGUCUAGUGAUGUUGUCAAAUUGACUGUUUACAAUGAUGCGCUCAGUGACGUUGGAACUAUUUAUUGUGAUUUUUUUGCUCGACCUGGGAAGCAGGCUCAGGACAGUCACUUCACUAUUCGCUGUGGUCAUCGACUCAGCGAUGGUUCAUAUCAGAAUCCGGUUGUUGCUUUGGUAUGUAAUUUUCCACGAAAGAUGCCGACUCUUCUCUCUUUUGACCAGAUGGAAAAUUUGUUUCAUGAGAUGGGUCAUGCUUUGCACUCUAUUCUAGGUCGAACAAAGUACCAACAUGUCAGCGGUACAAGAUGUGCAACAGAUCUUGCUGAGGUACCAUCACAUCUGAUGGAAAAGUUUGCUCAUGAUCCGGUUGUUCUCAACAUCAUCACACAAGAUGAUGGGCACAUAUUCAAAUCAAGAAAGUUUGGCAAAGGCAAACCAAUCGGAAUUGGAUUACAGACAUUAGGCCAGGUUAUUCUUGCCCUUACUGACCUGGAGGUUCAUGGUUAUCAUAAUGCGAUGAACUUAAAGUCUGCUAGUGAAGUGCAUCUAGAUAUGAUGAGUCGGUACUGGCCGGCACCUUUCCUCCCAAAUGAAAAUCGUUUGCAACGUUUUUCUCAUUUGAGCGCAUAUGGUGCUAAAUAUUACUCAUAUCUUCUUGCUCGUGCUGUCAGAAAUAUCUUGUGGAAAAAACAUUUUGAAGGGCAGCAGUUCAACAGAGAAGCUGGUGAGAAGUUGAAACAACAGUUUUUGUCUCAUGGAGGAUCAAAGCCACCAACAGAUAUAUUGAACGAUAUACUCGGACGUGAGCCAAGUGUAGAAGAGCUUUGUGAAUCUCUUCUCAGUGAAUGUAAAUAGCUCCCAUGUAGGUGUCUCGUUGUUGAUCUAGUUUCUUGCAUUGUCUCAAUACCAAUACUCACUUGCCUCUAUUGGACUUUGAAAACGGACAAAAUACGAUUUGAAAAUACUUCAUAAGUCAUGCUUCUAGCCUCACAAGAGAUGAGAAAAAGUAGAUGUGUGCCUAUCAUGGUC